AGCGUGAAACUAGCCAACAGACAACAGUGAAAGCUUACAGAUUACCGCCAACUACCUCGAAUGUCCGACUCAGGUUCACCACACGAUUUUGAGAGUACAAACACGACAACAUCAAGAAGGUCAUGGCUUUUAACACCGUUCUUUGCUAUCGUUCUUCCUGUCGCAGUGGCUGCGCUUCUUUACCGGCUCGACCCGUUCGAACCGGUUCAACUCCCAGUCGACGAGCUCAGCCGGGUCUCCUUCUCAGCCCCCGCACGUAACGAGCACAUGCAACGAGGAUCUGAAGCUGUGGCAGAGGGACACGUGGCGGGACCUGAAGACUUGGCUUACGAUUCUGCGGCGCGUGUCAUUUACACGGGGUGUGAAGAUGGAUGGAUCAAACGAGUCGCGUUGAAUGAGUCAUCGGUGGCUGAUUCGGUGGUUGAAGAUUGGGUCAACACCGGGGGAAGACCGCUUGGGCUAUCUUUUGACCAACAUGGUGCACUCAUAGUUGCUGACGCGGAUAAGGGACUGCUGAGAGUGACAAGAGAAAAGGAGGUUGAGAUGCUUGUGGACGAGGUUGAGGGCUUAAAAUUCAAGUUAACAGAUGGUGUUGAUGUAGCACACGAUGGCACUAUUUAUUUCACUGAUGCUUCAUACAAAUACUCAAUAAAGGAGGCCCUCUUGGACAUCUUGGAAGGCAAGCCAAAUGGUAGAUUCUUGAGCUAUAAUCCAGCAACAAAAAACACAACCCUGCUUGCUCGCGACCUCUACUUUCCCAACGGAGUUGCAGUCUCACCAGAUCAACAUUUUGUGGUCUUCUGUGAAACUGUCCUGAUGAAGUGCAAGAAAUAUUACAUACAGGGCUCUAAAAAAGGAAGUAUAGAAAAAUUCUGUGACCUACCUGGCAUGCCUGAUAACAUUCAUUAUGAUGGACAAGGGAAGUAUUGGAUUGGAAUAGCCACGGCCUUUACACCUGAUUUGGAUUUCAUAAUUAGAUACCCUUUCAUUCGGAAGGCUAUAGCGAUGGUUACAAAGUAUGUAGUGAGUCUACCUUUGUCGAAGAAUGGAGGAGUUAUAGCCGUCGAUUUGGAAGGAAAACCAACUGCACACUAUUAUGAUCCCGAGUUAUCAUUGACUAGUGGGAUUAAAAUAGUCGCGGACGUCACACCAGAGGACGCAGUCAUGCUGCCUCUUCUGCCCAAGCUGCGCACACCAUCACCACCUAACUAGAAAAUUCCACAACCGGUACUGCCUCUUUGCCGAGCCUUACACCGGAAGUGCUUCAACAAUUGCUGGCUCUGGUUGAUUCUUCUAAACAGUCAUCUGACAAGCUUUCUGGUAACACGCAUACUUCUAUUUCAUGGUUUAUUGAUAGUGGUGCAUCCCAACACAUGAUUGGUAACGUUGCUUUUUUAUCUUGAUAUUCGAUCCAUAUCCCUUUGUACCGUGGGUUUGCCUAAUGGAAAUCAAACAACUGCAGUAAAGAGUGGCACUGUUUCAUUAACUUCUUCAUUAGUUCUAACUAAUGUGCUAUAUGUUCCAUCUCUCACCUGCAACCUGAUUUCAGUCUCUCAGUUAAUAAAGUCAAAUACAUGCUACGUAAUUUUUACUGACAA